UCUCGGUACUUUUGUGGAAAGUCACAAGAUCACUCAACCAUGGAGGAUGCCAUAGAGAGGGCCAAAGAGGUAACGAAGAAGAUCUUUGAUCUUUACCGGAAAUAUGGAGCUAAUGACUACAUCGGAGAGCCAGUCUCGCAGACAGAACACAUGGUGCAGGCUGCAAUGCUAGCGGAAAAAGAAGGCUUCGGUGAUGAUGUUAUCCUAGGUGCAUUCUUCCAUGACAUCGGGCAUUUGAUCGGAUUCGAUCAAGGGUUGUCCCAAAUGGGUGAUGUAGGGACAGAUAAGCAUGAUAUUGUGGGCCAGACGUAUCUCCGCGAUCUCGGCUUUCCCGACAGUGUUACUAACAUGGUCUGGGGCCAUGUUGAGGCUAAGAGAUAUCUUGUCUUUAAGGACGCCGGCUAUCAUGAAAAGGAGUUUCUUCUGGCUGCUUGUGGUAUUACCCCCAACACAUAUUCGACAACCUCCACAAAUGGAUCCUACCACACUCAAGCAAAAGCCCAAAGCCAUGACAAAAUAGUAGCUGCAAGCCACACCCAAACAACAUCUGCAAGAUUGACACAAACAAAGGCUGCAAGACAUGACUGUAAUCAAUCUUCAAAUAUAACUGGGAUAAGUUCUGUGACACAAUUCAAGAGAACACCUUUGGAAUCACUUGCAAAAGACCCUUUUAAAUUAAAGAUCCAGCAACUUUCUGAGAAAACAGUUGAAGAACCACUAUCUAAAAGGUUUGCAACUGAGACAAAUUUUCCAAUAUGCUUCACAAGAAAUAGCACCAAGGAUUCGUUUACUGAAAAUGAUAUCACAAAUGUGUUUGAUACAGGAUCUCAAAACAAGCUCUUGACUACAAGAACUAGCCAACAAGAUAAGGCUCUCCACCAAAAAACCAUAGUCAACAGAAAUACUUUGCCAUCUGGCUCCUCCGCAAGAGUGUUCUCCCAGUCAAAACUUUUAAAUUCUCGUAAUGCCAAUCACAGUGCAGUACUGCAUAGUAAAAGUAAGGAGACUCCUCAAAGAAUCAAUGACAAUUUUCCUGCAGGUACCACAAACACAACCCCUGGACAAGCCUAUACUGAAACCCCUAGAAGAGACAAAUUCAGAGUUCCUGGAGUGAGCAAUAAUGAAUGUUUACCUAGAAGAAGCAAUCCCAAGACUCCUAAAACAGAUAAUGAUAAUGAAGCUCUAAAGAAAAACAAAAACAUUACUCCAAGAAGAAGUGACACACCGAGUAGAGAAUAUAGCAUUACCCCAAGGAGAUCCCAGAGAAAGUUCCCAGGGCCUGCCGGGCUGCUACCAAAACUGACUCCAGGGCAAAACAUUGCUGAAUCAAAUGUCCCGAAUGUAUCCCCAAUAUCCCGCCGCACCAGCCCCACCAUUCAAACUCCAGUUCUUCAAUCGUCAUCAGAGGAUGAAGAUUUCAACAGAGAUCCAUGGCUCUCCAUGUACAAAGAAUUUAUUGAAAAUGCCCCAUCAGUAAUGAGGUACACAGUUGGUAAAGUCUUAAAAGAGGCAGCUGCACAAAAUCUUAAGCAUGGCAAGGUCCCUUGUCUGUGUGUCCUUAUGAAAACAUUCUCGCCAAUAGGGGCAGAUGCCAGCAUUCUAUUAAAAGACCCUACAGGUGAGAUCCAUGGAACAUUGCAUCGAAAAGUCUUAGAGGAGUACCAAACAGAGCUAGGUACAGGAGCCGGGCUGAUCCUUAAACAGGUGUCGGUAUUCAGUCCUUCUCCAAGAAAACACUACCUGAAUAUAACUCCUGGAAACAUUUUACAGAUCUUCUCCCCCAACUCCACGCUUAGCACAGGGAGUCAGCCGCUGACAACGCAAACAACACAACCCCUCAGUUCUCAAAGACUUCAAAGUUCCCAGAGAAGUGUGGCUGGGGAUGACUUUAGUACGCAAGAGCUUUUUCUUAAUGAUACAAGUCAGCAGUGUUCAUCUAAUGUUGCCGUAGAGGUACCCAAAGAAAACUUUGAUGACCUUCUCCAGGGAUUGGAUGAAGAUGAUCUAUUUGAUGAUUCUUUGAUGGCUUUUUAGUCCAAGGUGAACUUGUUCCAUUCCCACGAAUCUAUAAUAUAUCAAUGUUCAGUUUCUCACCCAGCUUCUUAGACAAAAUUGACAAAUAAAGUAAUCAUUUCCGGUUGUCUUUUAUGCUAAAGUUUAAUUACAUCUCACAAGGAAGAGAUUCAUGUAUCAAUAUUCAAUUAUGGUAACCAAACAUACACGGUUGCUUGAUUCAGCCACAAUUCCUAAACCUAAAUAAUAUGUCAUUUGAUCAGUUUUUCAUGGAAAACAACAAUGUGAUUUAGGAUUUGCUAAAAAAAAAUGUGAAGAGAUAAAAAAUUAUAUCCAGUCAUUUUAAUAAAAGUAUGAGGUGUUUUUA